UCCUUGAAGACUACGCGGACCCGUUUGAUGUCCAGGAGACUGGUGAAGGCCCAGCAGGAGCUUUGGGAGCCCCAGAGAAGGUCCUUGAAAAUGACGGCUACAUGGAGCCCUAUGAGGCCCAAAAGAUGAUGGCUGAGAUCCGGAGUUCCAAGGAGACAGCAGCUCAGCCCCUGCCUCUGUAUGACACACCCUAUGAACCAGAGGAGGAGGGGGCCACCCCAGAGGGUGAGGGGGCCCCCUGGCCCCGGGAGUCCCGGCUGCCAGAGGAUGACGAGAGGCCCCCUGAGGAGUAUGACCAGCCCUGGGAGUGGAAGAAGGAGCGGAUUUCCAAAGCCUUUGCAGCCCAGUUUGAAGGAUCUGAGAAGAGCUGCCUGUCACCCGGCCGGGAGGAGAAGGGGCGGCUACCUCCCCGACUCUCUGCAGGGAACCCCAAGUCAGCCAAGCCCCUAAGCAUGGAGCCCAGCAGCCCCCUUGGGGAGUGGACAGACCCAGCACUGCCUCUGGAAAACCAGGUCUGGUACCAUGGGGCCAUCAGUCGAACAGAUGCCGAGAACCUGCUCCGACUGUGCAAAGAGGCCAGCUACCUGGUGCGCAACAGUGAGACCAGCAAGAAUGAUUUCUCUCUGUCCCUCAAGAGCAGUCAGGGCUUCAUGCACAUGAAGCUGUCCCGGACCAAGGAACACAAGUACGUGCUGGGCCAGAACAGCCCACCCUUCAGCAGCGUCCCUGAAAUCGUGCACCACUACGCCAGCCGCAAGCUGCCCAUUAAGGGGGCCGAGCACAUGUCCCUGCUCUACCCCGUGGCCAUUCGGACUCUGUAGAUGGGUGGCCCGGGCACUGUGACAAAUCUGGACCCAGCCCUGUGCCCCUCCCCUGGCUGAGGGCUGUGGCCCCUCCCAGGGACCUGUUCUGUCAAACCUUUCUUCCCCUUCCCUGAGAUCGAGUGGAAGCUGGAGAUUCCUUAAUUUAUUCUAAACGGGAAGGCCUACUGGGGCCUCGGAGUAAAAGGUGGUCUGGAGCCGAGGACAGAGGAAUCCCUGGGGAGAAAGGAUAGCCCCUGGAGGAAGGGGGCUUCAGAGCCGCUGGUCUCCAGAGGAGUUUGAGAUCCGCAGCUCCCCGCCUUUUCCGCCCCUAGGGCACAGGUGGCGACCCCCUUCCCCACCGGCUCCUUCCCCCUGGGUCAGUGCGGGGUGGGGCAGGACGCGGGCCUGCGGGGCGCCCUGGCCGCCUCCACCCCUAAAGCGCCAGCGGGCUCCGUCCAGAGUCCGGUGCGGGGCUUUGGGAAGGCAGACCCCUGCCCCCCCAGGAUGGAGCUGGCCGUGGGGGUGGGGAAACGAGGGGAAGGGCUCGGGUCAGAGGGAACUUGCGCAGUCCCCGGGCCGCUCCGGCUCCCGGCCAGAUGCAAUAAAUAAACCCAGUCCUGCCAGGCACUGCCGCGCCUCCAGCGCCGCCCCCCGGGCUGUCGGGGGAGGGAGAGGCGAAGCGAGCGCAGAUUCUGUUUAUAAAUCAGUUCUGGAGCAGACACAAGCCGGCUGUGAAAAGCA